CAAACCUUUGCUGCGUGAUGACCCGGAUAUCUGAGCACUCUCACAAGCAUUGCCUUGUUAAGAAUCAAGGCGCCUCCGGCGUUUAUGGUGCAUUUCCUAACUUUAUUUUCAGACUUGACCAACUCCAGAAAGUAGUCUCGUCUCACUCCAUUUUCCACGCCUUUGCAUGAGCAUUCAGUUUAGUGAGGCUUUCAUAAGGCUUGUGAAAGCAGUCACAAAAACUUCGUCCCCCGAAGAGUUCUGCGGUCACGUCACGCGUUUCUGUCCACAACACGCGCUACUUGAAGUGGACGUGGAGAAGCACUGCUGCUCAAACUGCUCAGGCAUGGAGAAGAAGGCGCUAUUCGUGGGGCUCCUCUCCGCCGCCGUGUUUCUGGGCAUCUCUUCCAUGGUUUUUGUGCUGGUAUGGGUCUUCCACUUCCGAGAGGGGCUGGGCAUGUAUGGACGAGCCAGGUUCAACUGGCAUCCGUUGCUGAUGGUUAUCGGAUUUGUAGUCCUGCAGGGAGCAGCCAUCAUCGUCUACCGACUGCCGUGGACCUGGCGGUACAGUAAGCAAGUCAUGAAGUUUGUCCACGCGGGGUUGAAUAUUUUGGCUUUCAUCCUCGUUGUGGUGUCUUUGGCGGCUGUUUUUGACUUUCACAAUGUGGCCAAAUUUCCCAACAUGUACAGCCUGCACAGCUGGGUGGGGCUGAUCGCCGUCAUCUUCUACUGUCUGCAGCUUGUUUUGGGAAUAUAUUUUUAUUUAAUCCCCACCACCCCAGUGUCAUGGAGAGAAGCCUACAAACCCAUCCAUGCCUUCAGCGGACUAUUGCUGUUUGGCAGUGUGGUUGCUGUGUCCCUUAUGGGGAUCACAGAGAAGCUGAUCUUUGGGCUAGACACACCGAAGUAUAAAGACUCUCCACCUGAGGCAACAUUCGUGAACGUCCUGGGACUGUUGCUGGUUGUUUUCGGAGCCGUAAUCCUCUGGAUUGCCACUCAAAGGUCCUGGAAACGGCCAACUGAGCAGACCCAGCAUAUUCUGCAGAGCCAAGUGGAGGGCUACGACAGCACCAGAGUCAUGCCGUCGCUCUCACAACUGUCUGAAGACGCUGGUGGGGACACCAGGCGGAGAAAGCUAGAAGAUCCGGAAGACUAAACUACAUUGCUACAUAUUUUUAGACCCAGAUUGUAUCUCUGAAGGUUCUACCUUGCUUAACUUUUGUACCUUUUGCUAGUGUAUUUUGUUUACUGAUCACUGCAGCCUUAAAACGUAACAUAAAACUUAAAAGACAAAUAUAAAUAUGUUGCUUUCGUAUGACAAUUUCAAUGUCACGACUGUGUAUGAAAGUACUUGCACUGGCUGAAUGUUUUCGUUUCUUUAAGUACACAGAUCAUUCCUUGUCUGUGAGAAUAGGAAAUGAAACAGAUUUAGGAAUUUACAUGAAACAGUUUCAAGAUGGAAUAAAAAAUAACUCGUCAAUAUUUGACUUCUUUGUAUUUGCCGACAUCUUAAUGAACUCGCUCGAAUAUGAGCAGCU